ACCAAAGAAGAAGAAGCAUACAGCGAUAAACAUGGCUGAUACAAAGGGAGCAGAUGAAACUACUCCAGGAGUUUUGCAGGAAAUGUUCACGUCUCCGUUGAAUUUGAGUCUGCUUGGCCUCUGCAUAUUUCUUUUGUACAAAAUCUUCCGCGGAGACACACCUGCAGAUAUGGGCGAGGUUGAGGAACCUCUGCCUAAAUUCAAGAGAAGAGAUUUCACGUUAGCGGAGCUACAACCGUACGAUGGCCUGCAAAAUCCAAGAAUUCUUAUGGCUGUCAAUUCAAAGGUGUUCGAUGUUACCAGAGGAAAGACAUUCUACGGGCCAGAGGGUCCUUAUGGAGUGUUUGCUGGUAAAGAUGCCUCCAGGGGCCUGGCCACCUUCUGUCUGGAGAAGGAGGCCCUGAAAGAGACCCACGACGACCUCUCGGACCUCAACGUCAUGCAACAGGAAAGCCUCAAUGAAUGGGAGACCCAGUUCACUCAAAAGUAUGACUACGUUGGGAAACUUCUGAAACCUGGAGAAGAACCCACAGAGUACACGGAUGACGAGGAGGUCAAGGACAAAAAGAUGGACUAGAACUCACGAGUGCACAAGGGAAAUUCAGAUGCCUUAAUUUUUUCAGGAUAAUGUUAUGCAUAUUGCCUUGUGUUGCAGCCAUUGAGUGAAAUGCUUUCACCUGUAUGGUUUUUGUAUUAUGUCAUGGACCACCUCUUAUGCUAAUUUCAUAUGCCAUUGACCUUCAUUAACCUAAAAUACACUUGAUUUUGGUAAAGGUUAGAAUAAUUAUUGAAUACUGUACUGUCAUUGAAGUUAUACAGGUAGUAUUAGUUGUAAUGUAGAGGCUGUUGUAGGAUCUAUUACUGUAGCUCAGUGUUCAUUUUGGCCAUCUUCUAGAUUGUCAUUUUGACUAAAAUAUUGUCUUAGUCACGUUUUUGUCAUUUGUAUAAUCAUUAAGUCUAGUUAUUGUCAAAAUUAUAGAAACAGUUGGCCAUUUUAGUCAACUAAAUGCCCUUUCGUUUUAGUCACAUCACAUUUGUAUUGCCUCAACCUAUAGUAAACAUAAAUAAUUGACUUCCAUGUGUACAAAUCUACAUAGCCUUGUCCUACCAACAUAUUUUUCUGCAUAACAUAUUCCCAACAGCAAAAAUAUGACUAACAUAUGUAACAGUUAUCUGGGUGUGUACAUUUCUAAUUGAGCCUACAUGAUAUUGAGCAUGGCAUGCAAAACAAACACACACAAGCGCAGAGAGUGUGUAACACAAUCACCAGAUGGUGCCGCAAAGUAGUAUGGGUUGGUUGCUCCUCCGUCACUCGGUCGUGUCAUUUCCGUUGUUAUCAACGUUCCACUGCCACAUUGAUGUCCAAAAGUAGAACGGGCUAAUGACAAUUUCACCCAGUGAUAUAGUCAAGUCACUAAACCUCAAGUCCGGAUCGAGUUACCAGUGGUCGAGUCCUGGUCCAAGUGCUCAAGUUUGAGUCACUGGGUCCACAUUAACUUAAAGUUAUUAACCCAGUCAGAUAUAUAGUGUAGUGGCAAGAUGGAUUUAGUCAAGUUGUUUGCUACUCAUUUACCAUUAUUGUUGUGCCAUCAAAUGUUUGGUAAUGUUACCAGGGCCACUUUCAUUUUCAAAACAUUCUUGAAUGUUGCAAAUAGAAAUUCCAUUAAGAGUCAACGUUAUUUCUUAUUCAACAUGUCAGAGAGGCAUUUUUGUUCUACAUUUUUAUCUAAAUGUUACUGAAUGUUGACCUGCUGAACACGCCCUAGUUUGUUGGCUAUAACUAGGUAUAGAAGUAACAUGACUGAAGGUGUAGCCUUAACAAAUGGUUAACGGUCUGGUCUGCAAGUAGCCUAGUUUAAGAAUGUCCGCUUUGGUUUAAUGAAUGUAAAAUGCCAAUAAACAAUAGAAAAACGUUG